AUCAAAUAUAUCUCUUGCAUGACUGGAAACAUGACCUUAAACUAAAUUUAAAUUGCAGUUAAAUACAUGACAAUCCAACCAACCAAACUAACUAACCAGCAUUCAAUAGCAGUAGUGGUCAUACGAAAAUGCCUCGUAAACUUUUAAAAUUUCUUAUUAUAUUUGAUAAUACAUCGCUGCUGUAUUUUCCCGGACAAUUUCUAUCGGGUCGAGUAUUAUUGGAACUGCAAGAUGAUACACCCGCCUUGGGUUUACACUUUCAUGUUGUGGGUGAAGGUGUAGUAAGAGCGGGCACUGGACGCCAAGAACGUGGUACUUAUGAUAAAGAAAAUUAUAUAGAUUUUCGUAUGCGUUUAUUGGGUGAUGUCGAUCAGGGUCCUACAGUUUUAUCGCCUGGUAUACAUAGUUUUCCCUUUAAGUUGGGGUUGCCUUUGGGUUUACCUUCAACUUUUUUGGGACGUUAUGGUUGGAUCCAGUAUUAUUGUAAGGCGGCCUUAAGAGAGCCCAAUGGUUUGAUUCAUAAAAAUCAUCAAGUAUUUAUUGUCAUGAAUCCCAUCGAUUUGAAUAUGGAAAAGCCAAUAUUGGCGCAACCUUUCACUUGUGAAGUGGAGCAUAAAAUGGGUGUGGCCUGUGUAGGCGGGGGCAUGGUUAAAUGUCGUGUAGCACUUGAUCGUGGUGGAUAUGUGCCUGGCGAAAGUGUGUUAGUGACGGCCUUCAUAUCUAAUCAUAGUAAUGCCACCAUUAAAAGAACCAAAGCAUCGCUGACGGAGACCAUCGAAUAUUUGGCUCGCGGUAAAGUGGUGCAAACAGAAAAACGUGCUUUGGCCGUUUUAGUACGUGGUAAAAUUCGUCCUGGCGGUAAAGAUGAAUGGCAAAAUGAUAGUCUCUAUGUGCCACCUUUACCACCCACAAAUCUACAUGGCUGCCACUUGAUUAAAAUAUCCUACGAUGUUUUCUUUGUCAUUGAACCCAAGUCUUUGGAAAAGGAAAUUAAACUACAACUGCCCAUAGUUUUAGCAACAUAUCCCUUCCGUUCGACGGGCAAUGAUAUAUCAAAUACUUGGCCAGAUUCGGUGCUUAAACCCGAUACACAUUAUCCCUCCACAUUACCCAUAUUUCGACCCUGGUUACACGAGAAACCAGAAUCUAAUUAACAAAAAUUAUUAAACACUAUAUUUCAAUGCUAAUCCAGUUUAAUUAAAACAAAAUACUUAACAAAAAGAAACAAAAAGAUGUUUGAGAAGCGAUUAAAUAUUUUUAAAGAAAUCUGUUUUAUUAAGAGACUUCAAACGCCUACUUAACUUUUUUGAAUCUAUAUUGGACUUUUAGACAUAAAAGGCGUGCUGAAGCUUAAAAACAGAACAGAAAUAUGUAUAAAUGAAAAAAAACAACUAAAAACUUUAAGAAACUUAUACCCAGCCAUAAUUUGUUGUGAAAAUAAGAUUUUACUUUUAUGUGUAGGUACUUAUUAUAUUAUUAAAAAAAUUAUUUUUUAUUAUUUUUAAUUCUAUGUUUUAAUAAAUUUAUAAUAUUAAUUAAUUAAUAAUAAGCUGUGUAUAAUAAAAGCAU